GAACUCUGUAUUUGCCACGUCAUCUCUGUCGAAGGAUCCAUUUGAUUCCCUUUCCCUCCCUCAAAACUGUUGUUGGCGAUCUACAAAGAAAAGCUCAAAUUUCAGUCGGCGCAGGCACUUGAGAAGACGAAAUCUCUGCGAGAAAAGAAACGCCAUGAAAUCAUCGAAACAAGGUGCGAAGAAGAAUCGCAGCCUUGGCGAUCACGCACUCACUCUCCAUCAACGUCUCUACCAAGCUCUCAACCUCGGAAUCAAAUCCUAUAAUAACAGAGAAAGGAAAUGGCAUUGUACAGAUGUUGAAAUACAGAGGCUAGCGCUUCGCUCAAUUUCAGCGUUUCUUGAUUGCAUUUCUCCAGAAACAUCAGAACACUCAAUUGUAAAGGAUUCCAUCAAUGAUAUGCUGGUGGCAUUGGAAGGAAUUCUUCAAUCUAAAAAUGAGGCCAUAUUGCGCAUGGCCAUAAAUGUCACAAUGAAGUUGGUUGAUGUUUUAGGCAAUUCCAUUCUCCAGUAUUAUGUGUUAAAGCUUGUUCAUCCUUUGUCAUCCUUGCUAUCUUUUCAUGAUUCACAUGUUGAAGUUUCAUGUUCUAUUGCUUUGAACCAAAUCCUUUCAAAACUAAGUCUAUGGAGAAUCAAAAGGCAAGAGGAAGUCUGCACAAUUUUGAGAGAAACAAACACAGUUGAGCAUAUUGUCCGUGGCUUACUGGACUUCACCACUGGGACUAGAUCAUUUGAAUAUUUUCAAGAGAUGGCAUCACUUUUGACAACAAUCCUAUGGCGAUGGCCUCCCUUUAGGUAUCCUGUUUGGAGUAAUGGGAAAUUGUUGCAAGUGUUAGGAGCUCUCUGUGUAAAGCCUGAUUCUUCUGCUGCAGUUGUUCUUCUGCCAUUAUAUUCCGCUUUAGCUUUAUGUGGUACUGGGGCUAUGAAGCUGCUUGAGAAUGGAGAAGCCCUUCUACUGAUGAUGGUACACUGCAUGGGCUGCUCACAACCUGAUUCCAUUCGGAUGGAAGCAUUUAAACUUGCACAAGGUUUUGCGAGAUCUCAACAAGGAUGUCUAAAAAUGAUGAGUUUAUGCUGUGAACCUAUUGUCCAAGCCAUUAUUAGUGCAAUGAGUGGUUGUAAAUCUAGUUCUGGAAAGAUUGCCACACAUAAAGUACCUUUACUGGUGGAGGCUUGCCGCCUGGCAUUAAUAACUCGUUGGGCAGGGGUUCAUCAUAUUUUCUUUUGGAAACUUGGGGUUCACCAAAUUCUGCUUGAUCUUCUUCUAAGUAAUUCUUACAAAUUCAAGACAUCACAACAUUUUAUGUCGUUGAAAGAUCUGUUAGCCACAGUGCAGGAGGGCCUUAACUCUAGUCAUUUGCUAGUUUUAAGGCCAUACAUCUGGGAUAUUCUUGGAUGGCUCGCAAUUCACUGUCAAGAAGCUUUUAACCCUGACACACAUGGAUGCUCCCUGAAUGUUCUUAUUUCCUGUGCAUGCCUGGUCUUUGUGGAUGCAAUUCAUAGCAUGCGCCAAGUUGCUCAAAGUGAUAUCUCUUACAUUUCCACUCAUGAACCAAUAUCUAGAGCAGUUUUCAUGAUGAUCUAUUCUCCAUGCCAAUAUAUUGCAACUCAUGCAAAGGAUAUCCUGUCUGAAGUACUGAUGUCUGAAAAAGUUAAUUUGGAGUAUUUACUUGGUACCUUAAAGUCCACUUCUGAUGAUAAUAAAUAUAGGGCAUUUGGUAACAUUCAAAUUGCAUUGAACUUGAUGGGCUUAGCAUGUUAUUCAGGUUUGUCCAAGUAUCAAAGUGUUAUUAUCAAAAGUGGUGGUAUAAAAAUCCUAUUGACCUUUAUUAGGUGGUGCUUAAAAAAUGAUGUUAGUAUGAGAAGAUUGAGCAUUGCUCGUCAUCUACAUCACACAUCUACUGAGACAAUUUGUUGUUGCGUUGAUAAUGAAGAUUGGGAAGGUGAAGACAUACUUUUGUUUUUCAGUCUGUGGGUGCUAGCUGAGUUGGUACAAAGUUCAAAAUCUGCAGAAAAUUAUCCAGAGUUGACCUCUGGCCUGGUGGAUCAUCUUCUGGAAUUGGAAAGUUCUGAAGGUCAAAUAUUAAUCAGCAUGUUACAACAGAUAUGUGGUGGCACUUUUAGUGCUGGACCUAGAUGGUAUGCCACAUAUAUCCUAAGCUACUUUGGUUGUUAUGGUUUUCCCAGUAAACUUGGGAAAAGAAUUGGAGAAGCACAUAACAAUAAUGAACUCGCUGACUUAAAACUCAUUCUUGCAAAUGGGGAAUCUGUGAGAGUUCAUGAUGUCAUUCUUAUGGUUAGAUGUCCAUCAUUGCUGCCCAUGGGUGAAUUUCCACAAAAUGAGAAAACAUGUGAUGGUUUUGCUGCAAGGCAGAAUAUUGAGAAGAGCAAAGAGAUAAGAGAAGUUCGUUUAUCUGCCCAUGUUGAUCAUCAGGCAUUGUUGAAACUUCUGGAGUUCGUUUAUACAGGAUAUGUAGAAGGAGUGACGGAUUUGUUGAAGCAGUUAAAAAUUCUCGCUAGACGCUGUAAUUUACAGACUUUAUCUCAUAUGCUUUCUGGAAAACGCCCAAAGUGGGAUAGUGCUAUCGCUUGCUGCGACUUUACUCCUGCUCUUGGACCAGCUGGCUGCUAUUUCUCGGAUGUCAUCUUGGAAGCUAAAGCAACAGAAGUAAUGCAUUGGACAUGCAGUGUUUGCUCACAAAGUGUGCCACAUAUGCAUGUCCACAAAAUCAUUUUAUGGGCCAGUUGUGAUUAUUUGCGGGCGUUGUUUCAGUCAGGAAUGCAAGACAGCUAUUCACAAACCAUAAGGGUUCCAGUUGGUUGGGAAGCACUAUGGAAACUUGUAAGGUGGUUCUACUCAGAUGGCUUACCAAAACCAAUUACUGGCUGUUUGUGGGAUAAUAUGGAUUUGGAGCCGCAACUACAUGAGUUGCAGCCAUAUAUAGAACUCUGUUGGCUUGCUGAAUUCUGGUUCUUAGAAGAUGUUCAGGAGAAUUGCUUAAGCAUUGUUGCAUCUUGCCUCGAAUCUAGCCGCCACUUGUCUUUUAAGGUCAUCUCAGUUGCUGCCCGGUUCUCUCAGUGGAAGAUAGUUGAAAUUGCUGCAAAUUGCAUGGCCCCUCUAUUUCCCCAACUUCGUGAUUCUGGUGAACUAGAAGCCUUGGAUGAAGAGUUGGUUGACAUGGUGCGUGCUGCUUAUGUUCGGUGUUCUCAAGUGGGUGCUUCUGAUCAUUCAGAAUGAGGACUGAAAGGAGUCAAGGUUUGUAGCAUUGUUGUCGCCUGUCAAAGAUGAAUUCUGCCCUUCAUUUUGUUCAUCUAUGUGUCCAGUAAAAUGAAGCAGGCAAUGUCCUAAUGCGCAAUAAUCUGUUGGUGUACCUAUUAGUCAUUUUGAAUGUGCUGAUGGGUAGCGGAUCCAACCAAGCAUUUUUCCUUAUAGAUUUUCGUUACUCCUUUCUCUUCAUCGUGGUCAAAGCACAGAAUCACUCUACUGGAUGUCUGUUCAGAAGCACGAACAUGGAGUGUUCUGCAGAAAUUGAGCAACUUGAAUGAUGUGGAUCAACUUUUUAUUUGAGUUCACAUCAAAUUUUUUGUUGGUAAUUUAUGUUUGCCUUUUUCUCCUAAGAUGUAUUUUAUGGUGGAAAUGUAGGAAUGUAGAACAGUUUUUCACUGCAAAUAUAGGAGAGAGCAAGUUUGUUACCAAGUUUUGCAAUUUGUUACAUCCUCAAUGUA